AAAAAAAAAACACAAUAACUAACUAAAAUCUCUCCGCUAUAAAUAACAACCAUAACAAAAAACACAUCAUAUUUUCCAACUUUGGGUUUUCAAUUUUCACUGAUUUGAAUCCCCUCUUUUGAGAAAUGAAACUGUGUCAAAGAGAAAUUGAAAAACUACAGCUGCACAAUGCUGGUUUUCUUGCUCAGAAACGUCUCGCUCGUGGUUUGAAACUCAACUACCCUGAAGCCGUUGCUCUCAUAGCAACACAGAUUGUGGAGUUUGUUCGUAAUGGGGAUAAGACUGUUUCAGAGCUAAUGUCUAUUGGGAGAGAACUAUUAGGAAGGAGACAAGUUCUUUCAGCUGUUCCACAUCUCUUGGAAACUGUUCAGGUUGAAGCUACCUUUCAUGAUGGGACUAAGUUAAUCACGGUUCAUGACCCAAUUGCUCGUGAAAAUGGAAACCUUGUACUUGCAUUAUUCGGUUCUUUUCUUCCAGUACCUUCACUUGAUAUAUUUACCGAGAACAAUGAAGAUAAUGUCAUUCCUGGUGAAAUAAAAACUGAAGAUAGAAUGGUGAUUCUUAAUGCUGGAAGGGAAGCAGUCUCUCUUAAAGUUGUAAACAAUGGAGACAGACCAGUUCAGGUUGGAAGCCACUAUCAUUUUAUUGAAGUAAAUCCUUACUUAACCUUUGAUAGAAGAAAAGCAUUUGGCAAGCGUCUUAAUAUAGCCUCUGGGACUACGACGCGCUUUGAGCCAGGGGAGAGUAAAAGUGUUAUACUUGUAAGCAUUGGUGGUAACAAAGUCAUCCAAGGAGGUCACAACAUUGUUUGUGGUCCAGUUAACGAUUCCAAAUGCAUAGCAGCCAUGGAGGCUGUGAGAACAAGGGGAUUCAAGCAUAAGGAAGAUGAAAAUGCAAGGGAAGGUAUUACCGGAGAAGACUAUUCAUUAACUAAAUUAAUUCCUCGAGAGGAAUAUGCUAACAAGUAUGGUCCCACUAUUGGCGACAAAAUUCGUCUUGGUGACACUAACUUGUUUGCGGAAAUUGAAAAAGAUUUUGCUGCCUAUGGUGAUGAAUGUGUUUUUGGAGGUGGGAAAGUCAUAAGAGAUGGAAUGGGUCAGUCGUGUGGCCAUUCACCUGAUGGCUCCUUCGAUACCGUUAUAACAAAUGCUGUGGUCGUUGAUUAUACUGGAAUUUUCAAAGCAGAUAUUGGCAUUAAAGAUGGCCUUAUUGCCUCAAUUGGAAAAGCAGGAAAUCCAGAUGUUAUGCACGGUGUUAAUAUGAUCUUUGGGGCUAAUACUGAAGUUAUUGCUGGAGAGGGCUUGAUUGUAACAGCUGGGGCUAUAGAUUGCCAUGUGCAUUUUAUAUGCCCUCAAUUAGUAUAUGAAGCCGUAUCAAGUGGGAUCACUACACUAGUGGGAGGAGGAACAGGACCAGCAGAUGGAACGCGUGCUACAACUUGCACACCGGCACCUAAUCAGAUGCAAAUGAUGCUGCAAUCAACAGAUGACCUGCCUCUGAACUUUGGUUUUAAUGGAAAAGGGAAUUGCGCCAAGCCUGAUGAAUUACAUGAAAUAGUCAAGGCUGGAGCUAUGGGACUGAAGCUGCAUGAGGAUUGGGGAACUACACCAGCCACAAUACACAACUGUUUGACUGUUGCAGAACAAUAUGAUAUCCAGGUUAACAUACAUACUGACACCUUAAAUGAAUCUGGAUUUGUGGAACAUACAAUUGCUGCAUUUGAAGGAAGAACUAUUCAUACUUACCACAGUGAAGGUGCAGGUGGCGGCCAUGCUCCAGAUAUCAUCAAAGUAUGUGGUGUGAAGAAUGUCCUACCCUCAUCAACAAAUCCUACAAGUCCUUUUACAUUAAACACCAUAGAUGAGCAUCUUGACAUGUUGAUGGUCUGCCAUCAUCUUGAUAAGAAUUGUCCAGAAGAUGUUGCAUUUGCAGAAUCAAGGAUAAGAGCCGAGACGAUUGCUGCUGAAGAUAUUUUGCAUGAUAUGGGUGCAAUUAGCAUUAUUGCUUCUGAUUCGCAGGCUAUGGGUAGAAUUGGAGAGGUCAUAAGCAGAACUUGGCAAACUGCCAAUAAGAUGAAGUCACAAAGAGGACCACUGCAGCCUGAUGAUUCAGACAAUGACAACUUUCGAAUCAAACGUUAUGUUGCAAAGUACACUAUAAAUCCUGCUAUAGCGAAUGGUUUGUCACGAUAUAUUGGUUCAGUUGAGGUGGGAAAGUUAGCUGAUCUUGUAUUAUGGAAACCGUCCUUUUUUGGAGCAAAACCAGAAAUGGUGAUCAAAGGUGGUGACAUUGCAUGGGCUAACAUGGGUGAUGCAAACGCUAGCAUCCCGACACCUGAACCGGUGAUUAUGAGACCUAUGUUCGGAGCAUUUGGCAAGGCUGGUCGUGCAAACUCUAUUGCUUUUGUGAGCAAGGCAGCUUUGGACUACGGUGUAAAAGCUUUAUAUGGACUUGACAAGAGGGUGGAAGCCGUGGACAAUGUAAGGAAGCUCAGCAAAUUAGACAUGAAACUGAAUGAUGCCCUUCCAGAAAUCACUGUGGACCCAGAGACAUACACUGUCACCGCAGAUGGAGAGGUUCUAACCUGCGCUGCAGCCACCACUGUUCCACUUUCUAGAAAUUACUUCCUCUUCUAAGCUCGAAUUGUCUUCUGCACUGUGAAGUUAGAACUGGAUCACCCUUGUCCAGCAAAAAACCGUAAGAGCCAUUAAUGCCUUAGAGCAAUGUUAUUUGGGCAUAGAACACCGAUAUUGUAUCCGUACACAAUAAUACAUACUUGAGUUAGUGUCUUAUGGAUCCGAGGAGAGAAAAAAGUUUGACCCAAGGAUAGAGAAAAAACCAAAACAGUAUGUUGGAAGUCUUUUUAUAUGGUAUCCAGUGUCAACUUCUGCGUCAAAAAAUCAUUUCCCAGUAACAUAUACAUUAGGGCUGGACUAUGAAGCACGGAUGCGGACACGGACAACGGACACGACAUGUACACCGACAUGUCGAUACCGCUAAUAAUUUUAAAAAAUCACAUAAUUCAGUGUA